AUGGGCAUCCGUCGCACAAUGGCUCACCAUUUGCCCACCCAAAUACGCCGUUUUUGCAGGCGCAACUCGACUUUCGUUUUGGCCAAUUUGCUGGCUGCUGCUUUAGUCUGGUCGGCAUACACUAACGGCUACGUGGAGGAUAUUCAAGAGACGUUUUUUGACACCAGAGAUUAUGAAAAUACCGAAGCCCCUGGAGCAUUUGAACAUGGAGCGAAGCACUCAAAACUGCAAGAUACCUACAGCUAUGAACCAGAAGAUGAUUCAAACCCACUGCCAUCUCGCGAAGACUAUCAGUUGGAAGUGCGUCCAGUCCCAGUUCAGCCCGUCGCCGCUCAGCAAAUUCAGCAGGCCGCAGCGCCCGCUCCCGCCGUUCCUGCAGCUCCAGCGGCAGCGCCUGUAGCUCCAGCCGCGGCGCAACCGGUUAACAACGCUGCACCAAUGUAUGAACAAGUACCGGCACAACCAGCAGUCGUGGAAGCAGUCGUAAAGAAAGCCUCAGCAACUGGCUGGAUCGACCCUCCGAAUCGAGGACCACCGGCAGUGGGAGAGGCAAAUACACCGCCACCAAGCUCGUUUCAGGAAAAUUUACCGGACAUUUCAAAUGCUGAUAAAUCUAUCAAACCACCACUCAAGGAUUUCAGUCAAUAUCAGUUUGCAACCAACUUUGACAGGCCGAUUCCAAACGAACAAUUUAUCUUCCACAACAAAUUGCCCAAAGCCGGAUCUUCCACGAUGAACAACAUUCUUAUCAUGUUGGGGCGAAAGAACAGAUUCAACUACCGCAAAUUGAACCCGCAUAACCUCGAAGGUGACGGUCUAACUGCUGAAGGCCCGCUCGUCAAUUUCGUCAAAAACAACGUCACUUCUUGGCCGUUUCUGCUUCUGAAGCAUCACUUGCCUAUGGAUUUUGAAAAGUACAACAUUCAGCAGCCGACGUAUAUAAAUGUCAUCCGAGAUCCGGCAGAUUGGUUCCAGAGCCAUUACUAUUUCGAGCGAUUUGGAUGGACUAGAAAAGAGGAUGACAGAGGAAGCUUCAAUGGAAGUGAGGAGGACAAGCAAAGAACAAUCGACCAAUGCGUCGAGCAGAAAAACGAUCAGUGCAUGGACCCAAUCACUUGGAAAUACAUCGAGUUCUUUUGCGGCAACGCGUUUCCCUGCAAUUCGCGCUCUGGAAAAGAAGAAGUGACAAAGCAAGCGAUGAUGAAGGCGAUGCACAACAUUGAACACAAUUUCUUCGCCGUUGGUGUUUUGGAACAAUUCGACGAUACAUUGAAGCUCUUUGAAAAAAUGCUCCCGAGAUUUUUUACCGGCGCUACGGAAGUUUAUCAUUCUGACAGAAUCGCGGAAAAGCGAGCUGCAACAAAAACAGUUGGCGCUGUUCCAAUGAACAACGCUACUCGCCACUUUUUCGCUACGGGCCCGCUUCGCUACGAAUACCAGCUCUACGCCUUUACGCGGCAACUAUUCAACGAGCGCCUCAAACGAGCUGGAAUCCAGUCGGUAGCCAGUCCUUAUGGAGUGCCUCCGGUUAAUUAA